AUGGGUUCUUUAACCAUCUCACGACUCCGGUUCCUGAACCGCUCAGACCCACUAGCUGAGAUAUGGCACCAGCUUCGAUCUACAAAUGGCGAAAGAACGUCUUAUUACAUCAUUGGUGUCCCAGAUGGUUCCCUAAAACUUUCACAAGGCGAUUCCGAGGGUGGGAUCCGUGGAAAUUCUGGUUUAAUAGCUGGCAUUCAUAUCCAAAAACCCGGUGUUAUCUUUAUCGAAGCUCUUAACCCCGCAGAGGAUAUUCGUUUGGCUCGGAGAACAAGCUCCAAACUCGCUCCCACCAAACAAACUCUCCCCUGUUCAAACGAGCCAACCAAAGAGCGCAUGCUAGUACUUUUGGACUCCGAUGCAACGAUCUAUACCAAAUCUGGAACUAUUGUCUUUGAACUUGGAGCAUCUCUAGUCUCGGCUGAUGGAGAAAGCCAAAUUACUAUGGAAGAAGAUGAGGCGCAUGUGCUAGUACAGCAAAGCUAUCCCAAGGAAUCACUGAGACGUAGCGAGAGCGAUGUGGUGCAGUCAACACCCGCCAUUCCAGAAACAAUCACAGAGGAGCCCAAGGUUCAUGAGACUCCUAGCGUGAAGAGUAGGUUCAUGGAUCCGGAUAGUGCGACGGUCACGCUGCCUCGAGGGAAGCUAUCAAGGGUAGAUACCUUCGGAGGUAUCAUACAAGAGAAGGAGGACUCAACGCCAACGGGAAAGAAGCCUACUGCCUCAAUGUCUCCUUCAAGGAAAGUGGAUAUGAAGACCCCCGAUGAUUUUGCCCGUCCCGAGGAGAAAGAUGAUGAGGAAAAUGAAAGUCAGAACUCCGCAGAAGCUGUAAGAAAACAAUUUAGUCAGUCAGCCAUGAUCACUUCGUUUGGGUCUGCAAUGGAUGAAGUAGUCGCCUCAGUCGUAGACGAAGAUGAAGAUGAGGGGGCACUCUCGGAUGAAUCUACCACGCCGAAGAGUCGCAUCAAGGGACAUGGAGUUCCAGUAGGAUUUCUGCAUGAGGAACAUAAAAAAGAGAUGACGCCGAAAGUAGUAUAUGGGAAGAACAAAAGGAAGGCGCCUGUGCCUAGGAAUAAGAAUGUUGCUGUCAAGGGAGGUAGGAAACCGAAAAACACAGUAGAGGUAAUUAUCAACGAUAGCACAGAGGAGACUACUAAAGACACCCAAGUAAAAAGAAGGAGACUUGGGCGUGCCCAGAAGAAUAGUAACACCGAAAGCAUGGAAGAAGAAGAUGCAAUAAAAGUCGUACCCCAAAUGAAAGGGACUGACCGUACUGAGGAGGAAGAUGCUAUCAUGGAAACUGCCGACGAGGAAGACGAGCCUGCGCCACAGCCACCUAGGGCUCAAAGGGGGAGAAAAACAGUACAAAGUCUACCUAGUACUGCUGCUACUGUAGAAGCCGACGCAGUAGCUACAGGACGUAACACAAGAGGUAAAAGAGCUGCGCCUACUAAGAGUACUGGAAAGGCCACCAAAGAGCAGGAAAAGGAGCCGGGUAUUAAAGAGGCUGUGUCUAUGAAACCCCUUAGGGGCACUAGAGGUAGACGUCAGGCUGAAGAGGCACCAGAUGCUCCUGAUCCAAUUUCUACUACUGCCUCAGAAGAACCCCCAGAAGAAGCACCGAAGCCAAAGAAGCCCAUGCGGAAACGACAAAGGCCCGAUGAUACAGAAGGAAAUAACGAUCAAGACACCCAGCAUCUUCCUCGGGAAAGUUCAGCGGAGUCGGUGAUCCAGGUCAGCCAACCGACGAGACCAAAACGUGCAAAGACGACGCCUGUGGGGAAAACACCAGCAGCGAAGAGAGGCAAGAAAGAUGCGACACCCACACCACCACCAAGCAGUGGGAAGCUUCUAGGCGAUACUCAGGCCGAAGAAGAAAGCUACUCCACCAAAAAAAUCCCCGCCAGAAGACAGAAACCAAGUCCACAAUCGCAGCUGUCGGAAAAAGAUGGAAGUGAGAAUGAGGAAGAUGCCAAGGUGUCGAAUGUAGUGACCAGAACGAGGAGCAGAUAUGAAGGCGACUCCCCGAAAAUUGUGUUCAGCAACAGCGGCCUUGACGGAAAAAAGGACAUUGAGAAGUUCCUUCGAGCGAAUGGCGGAAAGAAGAUGCCAAAUGUCAGCGCUGCUACGGUCAAUUUCCUCGUCGUAGGGCCCGGAGAGCUAAAAAGAACACCGAAAUUAACUGUCGGAGUGACGCUGGGUAAAUUUGUCGUAGAGGACCAAUGGCUGAUUGAUAGCAAAGAAAUCGGCUACUUUUUGGAUCCCGAACCGUACGUCCCUUGCGAUCCCAUUCAUGAGCAGGCCUGGUCUUUCUCACUUGCUGCCGCCAUUGACCGCGGCCGCAAUGGCCUCAACUGCGUUCUCAAGGAUUAUAAUGUUUACAUCACCGCAUCACUCAUCUCACAACUAAAGGCUUCAAAACAAGAAGAUUCGCUCGUUGAAAUGCUCAAAGCAGCCGGCGCAGGGACAAUUACCAAGAAAAGCCCCAAGGGGAAAAGAGAAGACGACGAACACGCCGAUCAAACACUUAUCUUGGGUAGUGAAAAGGGAGAUGGUGAUAUAGCGCUUCUCAACAAGUCCGGAUGGGACGUCUAUGGAACUGGGAUUAUAGCGAUUAGCGUUCUCAGAGGUAAGCUAGAUCUGGGGCAUGAGUUCAAGAUUGCCGCACCACCAGAGGCGGAGGCAACACAGAAGGUGGGGAGGGGAAGGAAGGGGAAGUGA